UAUCUUGGACUACGACCAUCUGAUUUUUCAGACCGAACACAAAAGAGAACGACUUUGAGCGAGUUUCGUUUCAGCUGCGUUUCCAGAGAUCGAAAGAGUUUCUCUUUUCUUGUAAUAAUUUACACAGGUCAAAGCUCUUGCAUUGGCACUAAUGGCUGAUCAUCUGAGUUUAUGUACCGCACGCCUCAUAACGUCCGAGAGCUUAAACACCGAAAGAGGGUCAGAUUCCGGAGAAAGCUCUGUCCCUCGACCUGCCGACCCAUCUGUAACGGUGGAAGCAGCCAGGGAACACGAUGUCUCUGAAGAAGAGGAACCACUUAUCCAAUCCGUCGAAUGCCGCAUAUGCCAAGAGGAGGAUACCGUCAAGAACCUGGAAGCGCCUUGUGCUUGUAGUGGCAGUCUGAAGUAUGCUCAUCGGAAAUGCGUUCAGCGUUGGUGUAACGAGAAGGGCGAUAUAACCUGUGAAAUAUGCCAUCAGACUUACCAACCCGGUUAUACGGCUCCCCCGCCUCCUCCUCCCGAUGAUACCAUAAUCGACAUUGGUAACGAUUGGUCAAACGGUGGUCCAUUUGACUUGAACGACCCACGUCUUUUGGCGAUGGCAGCUGCAGAACGCCAUUUCCUGGACUCGGACUAUGAUGAGUAUUCUGACUCUAACUCCAGUGGAGCCGCCUUUUGUCGCUCUGCCGCUCUCAUUCUAAUGGCGCUUUUACUGUUACGACAUGCCCUGAACAUCACGACCAACUCAGAUGAAGAAGAUGAUCCGUCCACAUUCUUCUCUCUUUUCCUUCUUCGUGCUGCGGGUUUUCUCCUCCCCUGUUACAUCAUGGCAUGGGCCAUCAGUAUACUACAACGUCGGAGGCAAAGACAGGAAGCAGCGGCGAUGGCAGCAGCGGAAGUGGCAUUCAUGCUGCAUGGAGGUCAACGCCGUGGGCUGCACUUCAUCGCUGCGCCCGAAUCCGUAUCGAAUCCCCGCCAAGAACCAUCCCCGCAAUGAUUCAGACCACACCGGUGGUGAGACCAAUCUUGUACUUGUCUCCCUUGCAGAAGAAUAUGAUGUCUUAGAUCCGGCAUGUUCAUUGCCAUCUCUCUCUCUCUCUCUGUGCUAUGUGGGAUCGGGAUACAAUGAUAAUUUGCAUUAUUUUUUUCUAGUUAUCGAAUUGGAUUUCAGUAGGUUUUCGUUCUCGCGGAAGAGAAUGUUGGCGACAACGUUUAAGGAAAAACAUUGAUUUGGUGUAUGUUCUUC